UCCUCCCCUCCCCCCUCAGGUUUCAGAGGGGCAGCCUCGGCUGGGGCCCAGCUGAGGCAUGACUGGUCCGGUCUUCGCGGAGCCCCAUGGAGGAGGAGCCGCCGCCGCCGCCGCCUCCCACGCCCACGACGCCCCCCCUCUCCGCCUCCGAGAUCACCCAGAUGAGCAACCUGACGAGCCUGGGCGCCGGCCGCGGCGGGGGCAGCCUGCGCCCCGAGGCAGCCCUGGGCUCGUCUGGCGCUGCGCCGGCCGCGAGCUUCCACGCGGCCGUGAUUUCCUUUACCACCGUGGCGGCCGUGGCGGCCGAGGCGCGGGGGAGCCGGGGCGGCGGCGGCGACAGCGGCCUGGCUGGGGCCGACAAGGCCGGGCCGGGCAGCAGCAGCCUCCCCAGCGGCAGCAGCAGCAGCCUCCCCAGCGGCAGCAGCAGCAUCCCCAGCGGGGAUCCCGUCCCGGCGGGGACGGGGGCGAAGCGGCCGCUGCCGGAGCCCUGGGCGGCCGUGGCGGCGCAGGCGCUCGUGCUGCUGCUCAUCUUCCUGCUCUCCAGCCUGGGCAACUGCGCCGUGAUGGGGGCGAUCGUGAAGCACCGGCAGCUGCGAACCGUGACCAACGCCUUCAUCCUGUCGCUGUCCCUCUCUGACCUGCUCACCGCCCUGCUCUGCCUGCCCGCCGCCUUCCUGGCCCUCUUCGCUCGCCACGGCGGCGGCCUCGACGGCGCCCCCGCCUCCCGGCCCUGGCAGCGCUUCUGCACCGCCAGCCGCUUCUUCGGCUCCUGCUUCGGCAUCGUGUCCACCUUGACCAUGACCCUCAUCUCCCUGGACCGCUACAAUGCCAUCGUGAGGCACCCCGGAAAGAAGAUGGGCUGGCGCAGGGCCCUGCUGCUCUUGCUCGCCGUUUGGCUCGUGGCAGUGGGUAUCUCUUUCCCCUGGGAUCUGCUGGGGGGCUCCGAGGGCGACUGGGGCGAGGAUGCGCACGUCGGACCGAAGCAGAGUUUCCACCGCUGCCUGUACUUUUCCUACCCGGGCCCCUCCCGCUUGGGUCCCACCUACAACAUCUGGCUGAUCGUGACCUGUUACCUGUUUCCCUUUGGGAUCAUGUGCUUCUGUCUCUACCAGAUUUGCAAGACCGUGAGGUUGUCGGAAAUUAGGGUACGGCCGGUUUCAACCUACGCCCACCUGUUGCGCUUCUACAGAGAAAUGCGGACAGCGACCACGGUGCUCAUCAUGAUUGUUUUCAUUAUUUUCUGCUGGGGACCCUACUGCCUCCUGGUACUGUUCACAGCUGCAGCCGGGGCUGCAGGUGCCCAGACACCCCCAUUCCACCCGGUCCUGAAUACCGUGGCCAUAUGGAUGGCCUGGGCAAAUGGAGCCAUAAACCCUCUCAUCUACGCCAUCCGCAACCCCAACAUUUCCAUACUGCUGAGGCACAAACGGGAGGAAGGUUACAGGACUAGAAAUGUAGCCGCGUACUUGUCUAGCCGCAAUCGACAUCUGGAGGCCAGAAGCGUCGCUAAUCGUCUCAGAGAACGCUAUGCCCACAGGCUCGGCGUGCGCAGUAGAGUGUCCUCUUGCAGUUCUGCUAAUGGCGAAGGAGGCAGGGAUAUGGCCAUGUGGGCUUGUAGAAAUCCAGCCCUACUCUUCUGCCGAGAUGGGCUACCAGACACCGCGUCUGAAGUAGCCAUGCAGGGUAAAACAGUAGAUACUAGUCUCUAAAAACAGAGUGUGUGCAUGAAUAGAACCAAGUGCGACCGCAAGAGUAUUCAUUCCAUCCUUGACAUUUUAGGGCUAGGGGAAUUCCAUUUCAGGAUCAGUGGAGUUCCUGAGAACCAGCCAUUUUAUACUGAAAGAAAAGAGGGGGCAGGGCUUGCCAUUUUCAGAAAGGCUGAUUAAAAGACACACACAUACACACACACACACACACACACUUACGUUUUUGCAAAAGUGCCAAGACUGAUGUAAAUUGCAAAAAAUUAAACCAACGUGACUGACCGUUGUGAAUUGUAAGUGCCAAAAAAAAAGACCAAAAACCAAAUACUAGAUCAGACCACCUAAAGCCCAUAUGUAUAGGAAUCACACUGUGAAAAACAAAAAUACAACGUCUUUGAAAGAGGUUAUUGUUAUUUAUUCUAAUGCACAAAAGGUCUCCAGCUAUGGGAUGGAAAACUAGAUACUGUGAUCAACUUGUAUUGAGAUUGUCUUCUAAAUGAAUUUAACAAAAUUGACAAUCAGAAUCUACCAAUUUAUAGGAAAUACAACUUAUGUAUUUGGGGGAUAGGAUACAAGGAAAGAACAGUUCUUAUCCUCACGAAAUUGGAAAAAAAAAUUAUAUUUACAUAUUAGGUGCAAACACAGUCUGGGAAGAACAAAAACUGCAAGAUAUGACUAUAGGGAAAUAUAACUGAUUAGCUAAACUGUAAAAUACACAUCUAAUUCAGUGUUGCCUUUUCAAGUAGUCACCUUAAGAAGACUUAAAACCUAUGUGGUGCUCCCUUCUUUGGUAUGACCUUUAGAAUUUACAGUGCAUUCUUAUGAAUAUCCUUAUUAGCUGCAAAUCUGGAUUCUUUGAAAGGGGAUAUGACUCUUGGAUAAAGUCAUAAGCAAGUAUGAUGAAUAUGGUGAGUGAUCAGACUGAGAUAACCUCAUAGCUGAUUAAUAUUACUGUAAAGUAAUGACAUUGGUUUUGUCGUAAUUUAACUCUGAAGGAUAUUCCAAAAGAGGAGUUCUGGAAAUGAUUGGGGCAGUGGCAACACAAUUUGAUGAACUCAGUGGCUUCCCAGGUUGACUACUCUGAAAGACAAAGGUCAUUUGAAUGUAGACAUUCUGAUGUUAAAAAAAAAAAAGUCAGUCUCAUUGCUUUAUAGUUAAAAGGUCCAUAUAACUAUAAUUUUAAAGCCCAACUCACAUUCCAGGCAUGUCUUGGUCAUAUUCUUUAGAGAGAAUAACUAUAAACUGGCCAUGUUUCAAGGGCUUUAAAUUGUAGGUCUAGAAUGAUAGUUGUAUUAUGCUGGUCAAGUGGUUAAUUAGAUGUAUCCAGAAAUUACUGAAAAGUUCUUUAAAAAUUAAUUGCUUGACUAUAGUUAAAAUAAUACCAAAAAAAAGCACAAACUAGGACACUCUUCAAAUGAAAUGCCAUUGCACUCAAAUUCUUUGACUCAACUUUUAAAAGAUGCUUUUGUGUUUUCUCCCUCAAUUCCCUUCUUUCUCCCUAUUCUCUUUUCCCUUCCCUCUUUUCCCUCACCCCAAAGAGGCUCAGGACUUCGUAGCCUUAAUUUAACAUUUAAAAUUAGGCAUGAGAUUCAUCCUUCUACUUUCUGAAGACUUAAAUGUGAAAUAAUAUCCAGUAUUUUUUCUUAUACAACACUGAAAGAUGUUUUAAUAUUUUUUGUUUGUGAGGAGUCAGUAUACGUCAUUAUUUUGUAAUCUAAACCUAAAAUAAAUAGUCUUUUAUGCAACAAU